GGAGACUGUUUUCAAAAGGCAGGACGGGGUAACGCUGCAGCCACCGAGGACGGAUCCAGCGGCACAUUUUCACACCAAGACAGGUUUUUUAACGCUGAGAACGACACGCUUUACACUUUUUAAUCGGCUGUAAAUAAGGUUUUCGUUUGAAAGUGCUCGUUUUUAUUUGAAUUAAGACGUAUGUGCAGUCUGAGGAGAAGCUAGCAUCGAAGGAGACGCUAACGUCGAAAAGGGGUUGAUAACAGUUUGACCCUUUUAGUAAUUACCGAGAUCUGUGUAGGGUUUUAAAAAAAAAUAUUUUAAUAAUUUAAUUCAACAUGAGUGCAGGCGUUCCGAAGCCGGCCAAUCCGUCGGCACAUGGCGACCCGAAAUCUGCUCCUCUCAAAGAAAUCCCCGACGUUUUGGUCGAUCCACGCACCAUGAAAAGAUACACAAGAGGCAGAUUCCUGGGGAAAGGGGGUUUCGCCAAAUGCUACGAAAUCACAGAUGUAGACACCAAGCAGGUUUUUGCUGGGAAAAUCGUGCCAAAGUCCCUGAUUCUGAAGCAGCACCAAAGGGAGAAAAUGACCUCGGAAAUCGCCAUUCAUAAGAGUCUGAACCACUCCAACAUCGUGGGGUUUCAUGGAUUUUUUGAGGACGACGACUUUGUCUUUGUCGUCUUGGAAAUCUGCAGGAGAAGGUCCUUGUUGGAGCUGCAUAAGCGUCGCAAGGCUGUGACUGAGCCUGAGGCGCGUUACUACAUGAUCCAUUUGCUGAAGGGAGUCCAGUAUCUGCACAAUAACAGAGUCAUCCACAGAGACCUGAAACUGGGAAACAUCUUCCUGAAUGAUGACAUGGAUGUCAAGAUUGGGGACUUUGGUUUGGCCACAAAAAUUGAAUUUGAUGGGGAGCGGAAGAAGACCCUUUGUGGAACUCCAAAUUACAUUGCACCAGAGGUGCUCUGUAAGAAAGGCCACAGCUACGAAGUGGAUGUGUGGUCACUAGGCUGCAUAUUGUACACUUUGUUGGUGGGUAAGCCCCCAUUCGAGACUUCCUGUCUAAAGGAGACCUACAACCGCAUCAAGAAAAACAACUACACCAUCCCCUGGCACAUCAACCCAGUAGCGUCGUCUCUGAUCAAGCGGAUGCUGCACGCCGACCCAGCCCAGAGGCCGACCAUCUCUGAGCUCAUAUCAGAUGAGUUCUUCACAACUGGAUACAUUCCAACACGUUUGCCCACCACUUGCCUCACUGUGCCUCCUCGGUUCUCACUCGCCCCCUCCACAGCUGCUGAGCUCAGCCAAAGGCGCCCCCUGACUGCUAUUAACAACAAAGCAGGGUCAGAGAAAGUGGAAGUGAAGGAUGAGCCUGUACAAAGAGAGGCUGAACCAUCAGACUGGCACCUCCGGGACAUGCUGCAGCAGCUUAACAGCAUCAUCGCCGCUAAGCCCGCUGAGAAGGCAGUCAUUCGCCAAGAGGAGGCAGAGGAUCCGGCCUGCAUCCCCAUCUUUUGGAUCAGCAAAUGGGUCGACUACUCUGAUAAAUAUGGUUUGGGCUACCAGCUCUGUGACAACAGCGUGGGCGUGCUAUUCAACGACUACACACGGCUGAUCAUGUACGCUGACGGAGACAGUCUACAGUACAUCAACAAGACAGCGGCUGAAUCCUACCUCAGCGUGCGCUCCUACCCCCAGACACUCAACAAGAAGAUAACGCUGUUGAAAUACUUCCGUAACUACAUGAGCGAACAUUUGCUGAAGGCCGGUGCCAACAUCGCGCGGCGGGAAGGAGACGAGCUGGCGAGGCUACCGUACCUCUCCCUGUGGUUCAGAACGAAGAGCGCCAUCGUCCUGCACCUCACAAAUGGAACCGUACAGAUCAACUUCUUCCAGGACCACACCAAGCUGAUCCUCUGCCCGCUGAUGGGCGCCGUGACCUACAUCGACGAGAAGCGAGAUUUCCGCACGUACAAGCUCUCUCUGUUGGAGGAGUUCGGCUGCAGCGUGGAGCUCGCCACCCGCAUCAGAUACGCCAAACUGAUGGUGGAGAAACUGCUGGACAGCAUGGCCUCCACCGCCGCACGCUAGACCACUACUCAACCAAGUCUUCCAUCGGUGUCUGUCACCGACCUCCUGUCUCAAUCAACCUUAAAUGUACCUAUAUUUUAUUGAAAUAUUGUGGUGUAAUAACUUGCGUUUUCACUUUCCUUUUGUACAUGAUGUUGAAUUCGAUCAUUGUUUUCUCUUUACAUACUAUUAAAGGUUCAGUAUGUGAUAUUAAUGUGUGCUUGUGUUGGAGUCUGUUUUAUGCCUUCUGCAGCUUCCAACACAAACUUCAUGUAAGCGUCUCUGUUUUCCAUAUGGAACCUUUCAGUAGUCUCUUUGGCUGAAGCUCAUUCUUGACGCAUGUUCCUCCUCACAUCAUUGUAGCCGUUGAGUUCUAAUCAUACGUGUUCAGAUUCAUCUUGAAGUUGGAACAUUCCAUGAUUUUCAGCACCGACUGUUCGUUUGCAGAUUUUAUACUUGAAAGGACAAUGUGUGGUGGGGAUAAGGACUCAGAUUUUGUGUGGAUGGAUGGAAUGUUUCGCUGUCUGUUUUUUUUUUUUAUUUUUUUUUUUUUAUGUGACGUAUGUAGAGAAACAGACCGUCUUCAUCAUGUACAUUCUUUCUGUAGAUCUUUUUACUGUUCUUUUUUUUUUUUUUUUUUUAGAUGUCUUUUUCAACAAGAUGUACAGCUCUGUACAUACCUGCUGAAUGUGGAUAAGUGUUGUAAAGAUGGUUUAAAUUUACACAAGAUUAAAUAAAGAUUUUUCUGUACAAGACAAA